AUGAGCCAGCAACAACACGACAUGUAUCUCGACUACUCAGCCCCCCCGAAUCGCUCCCCGAGCUCCUCGAGGCAGUAUGCGGGCGGCUUCCAAUCUGGUCUGUCCCUCCCUCGUCAGGCCCAGCGACCUUUCGAUAACGGCUUGGGCUCCUCUGCCCUAUUUCCUUCCGACCGUCUUGGCUACAAUCCUAGAGCCAUGGAUCAAAUGUCUGCGAAUGGAAUGCCCGGUGGAUAUAUGCUGGACAACAGCCAGGCCUGGAACUACAAUGCUGGUGGUGUCGCGACCGUCAACGGUGCCAUGAACGGCGCCAAUAGACAGAGGAGCGUCAAUCGCCGAGCCGCUCUCCCCACUAACUGGACCGAUCAAGGACUCGGCAUGCACGGCUCAUAUGGCUCCGGCCUCAACGGUGGAAUGUCCAACGGCCUCCGCUAUGACGGACAGGGUGAUAUGCGUCCCAGCUCGCAGACGGAAGAGCAGCUGAUCCCUACCGCCAUUGUCAUCAAGAACAUUCCCUUUGCCGUGCGAAAGGAGACGCUUGCCGCCGUCAUGUUGGAAAUGCACCUCCCCCAACCAUACGCCUUCAACUACCACUUCGACAAUGGCGUUUUCCGUGGCUUGGCUUUUGCCAACUUCCAGUCCCCCGAAGACACCAAGAUUGUAAUUGAUGCCAUGAACGGAAUGGAGGUCCACGGCCGAAAGUUGAGGGUCGAGUACAAGAAGAUGCUGCCAGAGGCCGAGAGAGAGCGUAUCGAGCGCGAGAAGAGGGAACGACGUGGUCAACUCGAAGAACAGCACCGCGCCCCGAUGCUACACCAACAGCCAUCCCUCCAGACCCUGAACAGCGUCUCCAGCAACCCUCCCCGCGCUCCCCUCGAUGGAGAUAUUGAUCUCAACGAUCCCGAGACUCUGGAGUUCUACACCGAGCUUACUCUUUUCAAGCGUGAUACCAACCGUGAAAUCCUCAUCUUCCCCAACUCCGUCGCCCCCGAGCAGCGCCGUCGCAUCCACAUCCUCGCCCAUCACAUGGGCCUCGAGCAUAACUCUGUGGGAGAGGCCGAGUCGCGCCAGAUUCACGUUGUCAAGCGCCAGCUUCCUUCACCCACAGCCCAGAUCCACUCUCCCGCUGUCGGCUUGGACUACCACAAGAAGGGCCUCAGCAGGGCAGCCACCUUCGACUUCGCCGCCGAUAGAGAGGCCCGGAGCGCUAGCACCAACUACUCCCAUGCCAUGGGCCGCCAAGGUCCGACUCUUGAGCUUCCUGGAAGCCCUGAUGGAAAUGGCCUUGCCAACCUCCGCGCCGCCAAGAGCUUCGCCGAUCUGCGAUCCUUCAGCCCUAGCCCGUCUGCGUCCUCUUCGAGCUACUUGACGGCCAUGAACGGCAUCGGGAACAUUCCCCAGUCUGGCAACUCGGGGGCCCGCUUCGGCGAUUACAAUGGAGGUGUCAACCAGUCCGCCGCGCUUGCCACUCCCAACCUGACACCUACUUCCGGGACGGUCGGCACUCCUGGUACCGACAGCAGCCUUCUCAGCUCGCUUGGUGGACUCAACCUUGGUUCCUACGAGUCAGCCGCCCAUUCGCAGGCCCGAAGCACCCCUGGCGCCAUUGGAAGCCAGCGCCCUGGUGCCAACAGCGGCAACCGCAACGCACCCGAGAGGCAGCCCAGAGGCCCCGAGUGGGAGACUUCUGCCGGCUUCAGCGGUCGCAACCGCUCCAACGGCCACAUGCAACGUGGAAGCGACUCUUCCGACAACGCACCCCGUGCUGGAAGCGCCGGCGCAUCUCGAUUCCACUAG